GGGGUCCACACAUGCUCUACCUUACCCGUGUAUUACUAUUACCUUCUCAGAAGGGGGACAUAGCCUGCUUUCACGCUCAUCUUUUUGCCUCUCGAUCGUAUUUCGGUUACUCUGACAACAAACUUUCUAGUGUCAGCGAGCUGGGAUUCCAGUAAUGAUGGACAAGGCAGAUUCUGAGACAGAUUCGAAACAAAAGUUGUACACGCGUAUGCGCCUUUGGGAAUAUCCGGAUCAGUAUGUCAUUGAGCCCUCGGAUGGCUCUUUUGGCUCUUCUUUGUCUGUUAGUCGAAAGGAUGGCUCGAUGAAGCUCAUUGAUGAGAUUCCACACUACAGCUCCCUUCGAGUUCCUAAAAUCUGGAAAAUUUUUGGUGUGGUUGGGAUGUUGAGGUUUUUGAGUGGUUCAUAUUUGAUGGUUGUAACUCAGUAUGAAAAUGCUGGAUCUUAUUUGGGGCAUCCAAUUUUCAAAAUUUCAUCCUUGAAGACCUUUCCUUGUAAUAAUUCUCUUGAGAAUACUCCUGCUGAGCAGAAGAAGACAGAGAUUGAGUUCUCUGGGCUGCUAAAUGUUGCAGAGAGGACUUCUGGUCUGUUCUUCUCAUAUGCCAUCAAUUUAACCCUGAGUGUCCAGCGAAUGCAUGAUCUGGGGGCUCAGUCUAGAUGUGUUCCUCUUUGGAGGCAGGCAGAGCCUCGAUUUCUCUGGAACAAUUAUAUGCUGGAAGUCCUCAUAGAAAACAAGCUUGAUCCAUACAUACUGCCCGUUGUCCAAGGAAGCUUUCAUCACUUUCAAUGAGCAAUUGGCAAGGACAUAAUUGACAUCACUUUAAUUGCAAGGAGAUGCUCGAGAAGAAAUGGAACUCGGAUGUGGAGAAGAGGAGCUGACUCUGAUGGUUAUGUUGCUAAUUUUGUGGAAACUGAGCAAAUUACGCAGAUUAAUGGGCAUACAGCUGCGUUUGUUCAGGUUCGUGGUUCAAUCCCAUUGCUCUGGGAGCAAAUUGUUGACUUGACAUAUAAGCCCAAGGAUGAGUUGGUAAAAGUUGAAGAAUCUCCUCGAGUAAUGGAGCGUCAUUUCAUAGAUUUAAGAAAAAAAUAUGGGGCCGUGUUAGCUGUUGAUCUUAUCAACAAGCAUGGAGGAGAGGGGCUGCUGAAUGAAAAGUUUGCAGAUACAGUGCAGUCUGUCGUUAGCGAUGAUACAAGAUACCUGCACUUUGAUUUUCAUCAUAUCUGUGGGCACAUUUAUUUUGACCGCCUUGCCAUCCUUUAUGAUCAAAUUUCGGAUUUCCUUGAGAGAAGUGGUUAUCUUCUGAUGAAUGAAAAGGGUGAGAAAAUGAAGGAGCAAAGUGGAGUUGUCAGGACCAAUUGUAUUGAUUGUCUAGACCGAACAAAUGUAACUCAGAGCAUGAUAGGCCGAAAUAUGUUAGAAAAUCAGCUUAGAAGGCUUGGUGUCUUUGGUCCUGAAGAAACCAUUAGUUCGCAUCCAAAUCUAGAUGAAAGCUAUAAGAUCUUAUGGGCUGACCAUGGCGAUGAUAUAAGCGUUCAAUAUUCUGGCACUCCUGCUCUGAAAGGAGACUUUACCAGAUUUGGGCACCGAACAAUUCAAGGAAUACUAAAAGAUGGUUGCAAUGCUCUUCUACGCUAUUAUCUCAAUAAUUUUUGUGACGGAACAAAGCAGGAUGCAAUUGAUCUCGUGCAAGGACAUUACAUAGUUUCUGUCAACCGAGAUAUGGCUCCCUCUUCUCAGAAAGGAGGCCUGGAAGCUAUAGCUUCCUUUCCCCUGGCUUUAUCACUGGUUUUGAUUGGGUUCCUUUUUGCAACAAUGUCGUUGAGACAAGUUCGGUAUGAUUUUCGGCACUUCUUCUUUUCGCUAAUCUGGGCCAGUGUCAGUUUGGGCAUAGCAGCAUUUGUGAGGGCCAAUGGUCGGGUUUUCUGCAACAGACCUCGCCUGCUCAAGCCCCGGUGCUAGCUUAUAUGUACCAUUCACUUGGAGCUAUUAGAAGUGUUCUUUGAGAUACUCUGCUUCUGCAACAGUUCUCACCUGCUAGAAGGGUGUAUUUCAGAUCAUUUUGACCAAUGCCUUCUUACAUGAGUCACUGAUAAUUAAUUGACCAUAGUCCAAUGAUUGAUAAAAACUUUGCUGCUUUGGUGGUGUUUCCUGCUAUGUCAUUUUACCGUCUUGUACAUGUUGAGUUUUAUGUACGGUUCGUUUAAGAUAUGGGAGCAAUGGUUACUGGAAAUUAUGUAUAGGUACAUUCUUUUAUUUGCAAAUUUAUAAACUUAAGAAUUCAAGUGCUUUAGCGUUACUCAAA